AAAGCAGGUGGGGAAGGUCGAGCAAGCGAAUGGGAAAAGGUGGAGCCAGUCCUACUAGAGAGAGAGUGGGAGUGCUGGAAAGACAUGGAAAGAGAGGGAGGUGUAGAGAGAAAAAGAGAGGGAGGUGUAAAGAGAGGGAGAGAGAGGGGGAGGGCUAGAGAGGGCCACAGAGAGCGAGAGGGAGGGCUAUAGAGGGAGAGAGAGAGAGAGGGAGGUCUAGAGGGAGAGAGAGAGGGAGGGAUGUGUGUAGAGAGAGAGAGAGAGAGAGAGAGAGAGAGAGUGAGGGAUGUGUGGAGAGAGAGGGUAGGAACGGAGUCUUCAGUAAAGAGAUUCUUCAGAACAGGACGAAGGCAGCUGGCCGUUCCUCUUCCUCUUCUUCAUCCUCUUCCAUCUUGCCUGGAGCCGCCCCUCCUCUCCUGUCCCACAGCAGGUCUAUACAUGGUCAUGGAGUAGGAUCUUCUCCUCGUCACAAAUCAAGCGGAGACGGCCCUGGGCGAGCGUGCACUGCCAGGAGCAGAAGAGAGCGAGAAGACCAAGGACCAUGGUGGAGGGACAGAGGCUUGGAGUAGAGAGAGAGAGACAUUAAAAGCAGAACAAGACGACCUAGAAGCAGCAAAAUAGCAGGCAGAGGGAGCGAAAGAGAGACAUCCAUAGUCUACAGAGAGAGAGAGAUAGAGGGAGAGAGACAUCCGUAGUCUACAUAGAGAGCGAGAGAUAUUAGAGGGAGAGAGAGAGAGACAUCACUGUCUACAGAUAGAGGGAGAGUGUGAGGGGCAGUAGGGUCGUUAUGUCUAUCUUCCUACUUCAUGGACCAUCAUCCCGUUUGUAUACGAUUUCAGAAAGCUGACGUGUUUGCCUCAAUGAAAGAGAGAGAGUGAGAGGGAAAGAGAGAUUCAUAGAGAGAAAACGAGAGAGAGACAUCCAUAGCCUUCAGAAAGAGGGAGAGAAUUCACGUUUUGCAUUUGAGAUCCGUGAGGAAGAUGAUGUGUGUUCUUCUGGUCAUCCGUGAUUGGACAGAUCAUCCAUGGUUCUUGUACAUGUGAGGUCAUGUAUGAUGACAUGUAUACGAUGCACACCAGGGUCGCCAGGGAAACCAGGGUUACAUAGCAGGUCUAGCUACCAGGUGGAACCCACUCAAAUUACUACCUUAGUAAUCUAAGGUAGUUAUGAGUAGUUGUAGUUAGUCACUCCGUAGUUAGAUCUUUAGUUAAUGCAUUAGUUAGUUGUCCUAGUUGAUUAUAGUUUGCUCUAUUUAGUUGGUGGUUGUAGUUGGUCUCCUUGGAUUAGAGCUGGUUAGUCUACUGAGCUGAGAUGAUAGGGACAUUAGAUCUUCUACACUACAUGUGGUCCACAGAAGGUCUCCUAACACUCUAGCAGACAGACAGACAGACAGACAGACAGACAGACAGACAGACAGACAGACAGACAGACAGACAGACAGACAGACAGACAGACAGACAGACAGACAGCGCUCUCCUUCACCAUGAGGUCCAACCCCUGUGGUCCCUGGAGCAGCGCAGCACUCGAGGUUCAGCAGUAAAGAGCUGCUGGAGAGGACCCUCCACCCGAAGACACCUCUCGCGCGGCCUCAGCUCUCCAGUCCGGCAGGCCCCACGUCUGAUCCAAGAUGGCGGCCGGCGUGGCGACGUGGCUGCCCUUUGCACGGGCGGCGGCCGUGGGCUGGCUGCCGCUGGCCAGAAAGACCAUGCCCAGGCCUCCUGUGGACAAGUCCUCCCGCUCGGACGAGAUCCUGUUCGUCAACGUCAGCGGCCAGAGGUUCCAGACAUGGAAGAACACUCUGGACCGCUACCCAGAUACCCUGCUGGGCUCCUCGGAGAAGGAGUUCUUCUUCAACGAGGACACCCAGGAGUACUUCUUCGACCGAGACCCAGAGAUGUUCCGACACAUCCUCAACUUCUACCGCACCGGUAAGCUGCACUACCCACGCCACGAGUGUGUGCAGGCCUUCGACGAGGAGCUGGCCUUCUAUGGGAUAGUCCCUGAGAUCAUCGGAGACUGCUGCAUGGAGGAAUACCGUGACAGGAAGAAGGAGAACCAGGAGCGGCUGGCGGAGGACACGGAGGCGGGCGAGGCCACGGACACGCCGCUGCCCGACAGCGCCACGUCCAGGGAGCGUCUGUGGAGGGCCUUCGAGAACCCGCACACCUCCACCAUGGCCCUGGUGUUCUACUACGUCACCGGCUUCUUCAUCGCCGUGUCGGUCAUCGCCAACGUGGUGGAGACGGUGCCCUGCCGGCCCCUCAAGGGCACGGUGAAGGAUCUGCCCUGCGGGGAGAAGUUCUCCCUGGCCUUCUUCUGCAUGGACACGGCCUGCGUCCUCAUCUUCACCUUCGAGUACCUCAUGCGUCUGUUCGCCGCGCCCUGCCGCUGUAAGUUCGCCCGCUCGGUCAUGUCGGUGAUCGACGUGGUGGCCAUCAUGCCCUACUACAUCGGCCUGGUGAUGCCCGAGAACGAGGACGUGAGCGGCGCCUUCGUCACGCUGCGCGUCUUCAGGGUCUUCCGCAUCUUCAAGUUCUCCCGCCACUCGCAGGGCCUGCGGAUCCUGGGCUACACGCUGAAGAGCUGCGCCUCUGAGCUGGGCUUCCUGCUCUUCUCCCUCACCAUGGCCAUCAUCAUCUUCGCCACCGUCAUGUUCUACGCCGAGAAGGGAACCAAGGGCUCCAGCUUCACCUCCAUCCCUGCAUCCUUCUGGUACACCAUCGUCACCAUGACCACGCUGGGCUACGGGGACAUGGUUCCCAACACCAUCGCUGGGAAGAUCUUCGGCUCCAUCUGCUCUCUGAGCGGAGUGCUGGUGAUCGCUCUGCCUGUCCCCGUCAUCGUGUCCAACUUCAGCCGCAUUUACCACCAGAACCAGAGGGCAGACAAGAUGAGGGCCCAGCAGAAAGUGCGCAUGGCUAGGAUCCGGAUGGCCAAGAAAGGAACGGCCAACGCCUUCCUGCAGUUCAAAGAGGACGGGGGACUGGGGGAUCCAGACAGCAACAGCAGCGCUCUGUGUCUGAAGAACAGAUCAGCCUUCGAAAACCAACACCACCACCUGCUGCACUGUCUGGAGAAGACCACUAACCACGAGUUCACGGAUGAGAUGGCGUACAGCGAGAUGUGUCUGACGGAGUCGGUGGGCUACCGCACCAGCCGCAGCACCUCCCUGUCCAGCCAGCAGGGGGCGCUGAACAACGGCUGCUGCCCCCGCAGAGCCCGGCGCAGAGCGGCCAUGCGGUUGGCCAACUCCACCGUGUCGGUCAGCCGGGGGAGUGUCCAGGAACUGGACACAUUUCCUGUCAAGUCAACCAACCUACCGCAACAAACUCGCUCCAGCCUGAACGCCCGGGCAGUGGACAUCAAGUUGAACUGCAGCGAUCGAGACUACACGGCGGCCAUCAUCAGCAUCCCCACCCCCCCCUCCAACACGCCGGACGAGAGCCCGCCCUCCUCCCCCGCCAUCCCGGGCAUCCUGCGCAACACGCGGGCCACCGCCUACCUGCAGGACGCCGUCAAGAUCUCCUCCUUAUAGCCUCCCACCCGCAUGAACGCCCCCCCCCCAGCGCAAGCUAUGAACUCUGGGAAAUACAG